UGAGCCUGUAGCGGCACGCCUCGCCUGGCUGCAGACUCCUGCAGCCGUCCGGCUUUAACUUGUUACUAACACUUUACCAUCGUGAUUGAAACAUGGGAAAGUUAAUCUUCAUCUCCAUUCUAAUAGCUGCUUUAGCUGCGCUGCUCGGGGAGAGGAUGGUCAACUUCAGGAAAAGGUGCCUCGCCACCAGAGAGAUCACCAACAAUCACCUCCCCAACUGUGUUGCACUCAAAAAUCUGGAUCAUGGAUCAGAGGACAUCACGAUCCUGGGGAACGGGCUGGCCUUCAUCAGCACGGGUCUGAAGUAUCCGGGAAUGCAAAGCUCAGAUAUACAAGGAAAGAUCUUCACCAUCGACAUGACAGAUAGUCGGAUGAAACCAGUGGAGCUGCGCAUGCCGAGAAACUUCGACCUGGAGUCCUUCAAUCCUCACGGCAUCAGUGUUUACACCGAUCCAAGUGAUGAUGCAGUAUACCUGUUUGUCGUCAGCCAUCCUGAACAUAAAAGCCAAAUCGAGCUGUUCAAAUUUGAUGAGGACGACUUCUCAUUGUUGCAUCUGAAAACCAUAAAGCAUGAACUUCUCUCAAGUGUAAACGACAUUGUGGCCGUUGGAGUGGACAGCUUCUAUGCAACCAAUGACCACUACUAUUCACAUGAGGUCCUUAAAGGCAUCGUGGAGCCUUUCCUGGCUCAGCCGUGGUCUAAUGUGGUCUUCUACAGUCCUGAGGAGGUCAAAGUGGUGGCUGACGGACUUUACUUCGCAAAUGGCAUCAAUGUGUCACCAGACAAAAGGCAUGUAUAUGUGGCAGAUCUAUUUGACCACAAUGUGCAUGUGAUGGAGCGGAAAGAAGACAAUGGGCUGGUCUCUGUCAAGUCUGUGGCUGUCGGUUCUCUCUGUGACAACGUGGAGGUGGACGCUGAGACUGGUGACUUGUGGCUCGGCUGUCAUCCUAAUGCAUGGAAAGUUUUCCUGUUUGAUCCCACGGACCCUCCAGGAUCAGAGGUCAUCAAAGUCCAGAACAUUCUCUCUGAGCAGCCGGUGGUGACUCAGGUGUUCGCUGACGACGGCCAGGUUCUCAUGGGUUCCUCUGUAGCAGCUCCCUAUGGAGGGAAGGUUCUCAUCGGCACUGUGUUCCAUAAAGCUCUGAGCUGUGAUCUGAAGUAGACGGUUACCUUUUUACAUAUGAUCGACCUGUUUGCAAAGCUCUCAGUCACAUCAGGAGAUGAUGAUGGGAUUUCAGCUCUGGUUUAACUAACGAUGAGGAGGUGAAGGACGGUAGAUGGAUUGUGAGUAUCUGAUAUUAAAGUAAUGAUCACUGGUUACGUCAUGAUAUUUGAAAGUGGUUUUCUGACACAGAAGUUGCAGAACUGCACAGAACCACUGUCAAAUAAGAAUUUGAUAAAACUUGUUCAAACGUGUAAAAAUUCACAUGUUUGCUCUGACAUAUACUGUAUGGAAAAACUAUUUUUCACUGGUCACCUGAAAAUUGAAAAUCUGUACAGAUUCGGUGUAACUACCUGAGUGUUUUUACCUGUUAAUCGCUACAUUGUCACAUUUGUUUGACGGUUAAUAAAACACAAAGAGUGAUGCUG